CUUCGCGUACGUGUGCGUGCGCCGGUUUUGUGCGUGCGUGCGCGCGCUAGCGUCGCGUUGCCACGUUCAGUUGCGCGUAUAAUAUCAGCGUUGUCUGUUUCUGCCGUUCAUUCGUUCGCGGAACACCGUCCCAAUAGUUGACACUCCCGUAGUAAGCGAUUUAAUACGUUAUUGUUGUGUGAGGCGCCGCGUGCGCGCGCGUGUGUGUGUGAGAUCGUGAUAACGAGACUGCCCAUCCGGGCGACAAUCGAUUGGAAGACCGUCGCAGCGAUUGUUCACGUCGGUCCGUACCAGUGGCCGUUCGCUGACCGACUCGAAAGCUGUAAGUGUACACACCGGUGCGUCGCAAACGAUCCGACGCACUCGCCGUGGUGUAACAAGCGGCAAGUCCGUCCGUCCGUCGUACGCGGUUUUCGAGGCAGAACAGUUUUGUCGGACCGCGCGCAAUGACUACCACACCAAAGUCCCAGGCCGAGGAAUCGCUCGGAGAAUCUUGGGUGGACAUCACUAGUUGCACUUCCCCGAUAUCUUUCCAAAGUGCAGGUCGUGUUACUCCAGUUCCGUUUAUAUCAUCCGGCGAUGAAUACCUGAGAUUGUUGAAAGAAGCGCAAAAAGAGAGCAACUCGUCAUCUCGAGUUUUGUCUAAAGAAUCGUCUAGAAAAGGAAGCCCUAAAUCACCACCAAAUAGUCCAAACAACGAAUUGGAAGAUGAUCUCAGAGGGGUGUAUAUAAAUUAUUCCAAUAAAGGUGGAGAAUUAUACAACUUAGAUGAUAGGAAUACUGAUUGGAUAUGGGAUUGGAGUAGCCGGCCUGACCAGGCACCCCCUAAAAAUUGGAAGUUCAUCCAUCCUAAAAAAAAGACAUUCAGUAUGCGCAAUGCUAAGGUCGGCAGAGACAGCCUCUUUUCUAAAGAAGUUUUGUACACUUUGUUUUUGACCAAUAUUUUAUCUAUAUUGCUGGGGGCUGGAGUUGGUGCUUGGUUAUGUAAACGAGGCGGUAUUAUGAUGUCCAGAGUGACUUUGGAUUAAUCAGUCUACAAAACAACAUAUGCACAAAAAAAAAAUAAAUAAAUAAAAAAUAAAAAAAUAAAAAAUAUGGUGUCAAUUCAUUGUCUUUUAAGUCUGAAAUUCAAA